AUGAGCAAGAGAACCUCCGCGGGUGACCUCCACACGACGACGGCCGGCGUCGCGCGCCUGGCCCUCGACGACCGCCAUGCCCCGACGCCCCAGGCGACGACGCUCGACCGCCAUGCGACGACGCUCGAUGCGACGAUGGGGGGCAUCGCGCGACUUGGCCUGGGAGACGAGGAAGAAGCGCGUCCCGCGCCUGCGCUUGAAGCACCGCGAGCGAAGAGAGCCAAGUCCGAGCAUGUGUCCUCGAUCAACGCAGCGCCGACCCAGUACCCCUCGUCCGAGCCUCCAACGCGACGCCUCGUGACGUUUCUGCACGCAUCGCCGUUCAUGCUGGCAGGACCCGACGGUGCAGUGACCAAGUGCAACCGCAUCGACGUUGCUGCCAAGUACGCGGCAGUCGUCAGCAAGCCCCUGAAUGGAUAUCAAGCCACGGAGCACCUUGUGGCCGUGCGCUCGGAUGCGUACAAGGAGCGCCAACUCCUGGCCUACAGCGCUGCCCGCGCGUUGGAGCUCGGCCGGGCUUUUGUCCGCGGCGUCAAGUGCAUUCACAUCAAGCACAUCACGGAAUCUUGCGCCGACACUGUCCUCGAUGCGCUCGAGCUCCAAGUGGAUGCUUGGCUCGCGGCGACCGCCGAACCGCACAACGCCGCGACCCACAUCGUGCUCGAUGGCGUCGACGCGCUUGUGUCGUCGCGUGCUUUUGUUACCUGGCUCGACAAGACGGGCACGGACGAGGAGCAUGUGCACUUUCUUCUCACAUCGCGCGCCGUUUCGCCGCACAUCCGCAAGGUCAAGGACCUGCACCGCGUCCACCAGAUCGAAAUUGCUUGCCACACGACGCUGGCACCAAGCACAUACCGCUACCGCUACCCCAUUAAGACCCGGACGGCAUUUUGA